CUAUCCGUUCCAUGCCCAGGACACACACACACAACAACAACAACAAAACCAAGCCUGAUUCAAGACAACGCAUCCUCCUUUCACCUCUCAACGCCUCAUCGUCACCUUUUUCUUUCAAUCAUCAAUCAAUCUAUCAAGGACAGAGUUGCCAAAGCUAAAGAGGAGCGUUAUCAGACAGAAGAGCAGAGCAGGGAGGAGUUUUCAGUGUUUGACGCAGGAGGAGCAUUUCAGGGACAGCGACACAACUCUCUCAACUCUGGAGAGAUCUGCCAAGCCAAUACAUGGCAACUGCCAAGGACUGCUGAUGAGCAGCUGCUCGUCAAAGGCGUAUAGCGCGUAGUAGGAAUCCAAAAUCAGAUCAAUUCGGCGGCGUCAGGAAAGUGCCCAACUGAAAGCGUGACGGCGGAAGGCGAAGGCGAAGGCGAAGGCUUGGAGCACACAAGCGACGCCAUGGACAGGGACAGCAGCUCGGUGUCCGACGGGAGCUCGGAGGCCGGCGGGGAGCGCGGCGGCGGGUGCUGCUCGUCGCCGUCCACGCGGAGCCUCGUCGACGCGGCGGGCGGCAACCUCAGCCGCACCGUGUCCGACGUGUCCACGUCCGCCUUCUCGGAGCAGUGCAGCAGCGUCAGCGUCGACGUCGACCACAGCGGGCCGUUCGAGCCCACCGCCGCCGCCGUGGCCAAGCUCAUCGCCCGGUCGUCCCCGGCGUCCGCCGCCGAGUCACUCAGACGGCUCAGCAUCAAGCCCCGCGCCGACGUGCUUGACCGCCGCUCCACCGACGACGAGCUGGAGCUGGUGAAGGAGAGGUUCUCUAAGCUCCUGCUCGGCGAGGACAUGUCCGGCGGCGGCAAGGGCGUCUGCACCGCCGUGGCCAUCUCCAACGCCAUCACCAACCUCUACGCGACGGUGUUCGGGAGCUGCCACAAGUUGGAGCCGCUGCCGGCGGGGAAGAAGGCGAUGUGGACAAGAGAGAUGGACUGCCUCCUCUCCGUCUGCGACUACAUCGUCGAGUUCUACCCGUCCACGCAGACACUGCCCGACGGCACCAAAGUUGAGGUCAUGGCGACCAGACCAAGAUCGGACAUCUACAUCAACCUUCCCGCGCUCGAGAAGCUCGACGCCAUGCUCAUCGACAUUCUGGACAGCUUCCAGAAGGCGGAGUUCUGGUACGCGGACGCCGGGACGAGGUCGUUCGGCUCGGUCACCUCCUCGUCGUCGUCGAGGACGAUGUCGUCGUCGUUCAGGAGGUCGGCUCACCGGAACGAGGACAAGUGGUGGCUGCCGGUGCCCUGCGUCCCGGACGCCGGCCUCACCGACAAGGCGCGCAAGGACCUUCAGAAGAGGCGCGACUGCGCUAACCAGAUCCACAAGGCCGCCGUCGCCAUCAACAGCGGCGUCCUCAGCGACAUGGAGGUGCCCGAGUCGUUCAUGGCCGUGCUCCCCAAGAGUGGGCGGGCAAGCGUGGGGGACUCGGUGUACCGCGUCAUGCUGGGCGCCGACAAGUUCUCGCCGGAGUUCCUGCUCGACACGCUCGACAUCUCGUCGGAGCACGACGCGCUGGCGAUGGCCGACAGGGUGGAGGCCGCCAUGUACGUGUGGCGGCGCAAGGCGAGUGGCAGCCAUGGGAAGCUGCCGUGGAGCAAGGUCAAGGAGAUCGCGGCCGACGGCGACGACAAGAACGUGACGCUGGCGAACAGGGCCGAGAGCCUCCUGCUCUGCAUCAAGCACCGCUUCCCUGGCCUGUCGCAAACCACCCUGGACACCAGCAAGAUCCAGUUCAACAAGGAUGUUGGGCAAGCAAUCCUGGAGAGCUACUCAAGGGUGUUGGAGAGCUUGGCUUUCAACAUUGUUUCAUGGAUCGAUGAUGUUCUUUUCGUCGACAGGUCAAUUAGGAAAUUGGGUGACAACCUGAAGCCCUGAGUUCUUCAGCCUGCACUAAAGCUUCCCAGCAAAGGUUUUAGAUGACUGUUGGUGAAGUUGCAAAAGAAGAGUACGUGACUGUAGCGUUAGUAGGGUGAGUUUCCUGACCUAGAGAAAAUGUAAGGCCAUCUUCUUAGCUUGCAAGAAUGCAGAAUGCAGAGUGUGUCUGACCAACAGUGAAUGUGUAUGGAGUGUGUUUUGAUUUUUCCUGUCCUUUUAUUUUGAGCUCUCGCCCUCUUAUCACAGCUUGGUAACAUGAGGAUGAGUAAAAAGGGAUCAAAAUGUUCAGUAGCUAUAAA